AGAGAAAGAAAUAAAAUAGGAAUUCUAAUAAAGCGAAAAAAGCUAGUCGAUAUUUCUGUUCUGUAUAUAUAUAUACACACACACCUUUCCGCUCUCCGAAGGAUCUUCCUUUUUAGUUUUGUUAAUUUCGCUGUUCCGCGUCCUCCAAAUAUGCAGGCCAGUGAUAGGUUUAACAUCAAUUCACAGCUUGAGCAUCUUCAAGCUAAGUAUGUUGGGACUGGUCACGCCGAUUUGAAUAGAUUUGAAUGGGCGGUGAAUAUUCAGCGUGAUAGUUUUGCGUCGUAUAUUGGGCAUUACCCAAUGCUGGCUUACUUUGCUAUUGCUGAAAAUGAAUCUAUAGGAAGAGAACGGUACAAUUUUAUGCAGAAAAUGCUUUUGCCUUGUGGUCUUCCGCCUGAAAGAGAAGAUGAUUGAAAUAAAGAGUUUAGGGUUUUUGCCCCUGGAUCUUUGUUGGCUGUGGAGAUAAUUGUUGUGACAUUAGUGUCCAUGUACGCUUGAAGGAACAAUGACCUUUUAUGUCCUUCACUAGUAAUGAAUCUGUUGUCUCAUUUUGUGUUCGUAGACUGUAGAAUUUAAUUUGGAUUCACUAGCGGCUAGGGAUAUUAGUGCAAAAAAUUUGAUUCUAUCAACGAAUUUUAAUAGUAAAUCGUGGCACAAAUAUCCUAUUGCUAUGAUUUCAAAAAAAAAAAUCUAUAUUCCAUUGCU